GUAACGAUCACGACGUUAAACCGUCGAGAAUUCCUCAUCAACAUGUUUUUGUACACUAAAAAAUAAUAACAAUACAAGUUAAAAACCGGAAACACCGCGAAAUAAUUAAUUUUUUUUUCAUUUCUUUUUAUAUUUUAUCUUUCUAACCUUUUCGUUGCGAACGUAAACCUAAAUUACGUUGUUUUAGAUCGUUUUGUUGUUGUUGUUGUUCUUGUUUGAUUGUGAUAUUGUGUCCCAGUGAUUUUUUCUUCAUUUCCAAGUGAUUUACAGCUGUAACACGAUAAGAAAAACAUUAAUUUAAUAAAAAAUAAUGAACGAAGGAUUUUAUUAAAAGAAGAUUGAAAUUAAAUAAAAAUGCCGGCUGUUGUUUCAAAGUUUUUAGAAAAAGCUGAUAAAGCUCGGGAGUUUUUGAACAUCCCGCGCCAUCACGUGGCGGGAGCUGUAAUCGGGUGUUGCAUCGCGACUUAUAUGAUAAAGGUGGGGUAUCCGAUAAUAGAUGGCGUUAUAAACAAGAAUAACCCCCAAAAGCGAAGUUUAAACAACAAUUUAACCCUACCAAAGCUUGGGGAUGAGAAUAAAUCGCUUCGUGUUAAGAAAAUAAUCCCCGCUUUGAAUCUAAAGUUUAUUUAUCAAUUCACAAAGUUGCUAAAAAUUAUGAUACCCGGUUUCUUCAGCAAAGAAAUCGCGGUUUUAUUCGGACACACAGCUUUUCUGUUUCUUCGGACGUAUCUAAGUAUUUAUGUGGCAAGUUUAGAGGGAUCAAUUGUUCGUUACAUCGUUAAAAAGGACCCAAAAAUGUUUACCAAGGAAUUAUCGAAAUGGUUUUUAAUCGCAGUCCCAGCUACCUUCGUUAACUCGAUGAUUCGUUACUUAGAAAGCAAAUUAGCUUUGGCUUUUCGUGGAAGAAUGGUGGAACACAGUUAUAAGUUAUAUUUCAACAACCAAAGUUAUUAUCGAGUUAACGUAUUAGAUGGGCGCCUUGAAAAUUGUUCUCAAAGAUUAACAGACGACAUAGAAACAGUGACAUCAAGCGUGGCACAUCUUUAUGGACACAUAACAAAGCCACUUUUUGACAUAUUAUUGAUGGCGGUCGCUUUGUUUAGAUUAAGAAGAUCUCGAGAUACGAAAACUUUAGCAAGUGGCCCCUUAGUUUUAUGCUCAGUCGUUGGAGUUUCCGCCUUAAUCUUUAAACUCGUUAGUCCUAAAUUUGGGCACUUAGUAGCGAAAGAAGCCGAGAAAAAGGGGUAUUUGCGCCACGUUCACACCCGUUUAAUAACAAAUUCGGAAGAAAUCGCCUUUUACGACGGCCACAAAGUCGAAUUAUCCCUACUAAGGAGUGCUUAUAACAUGCUAGUACAACACAUGGAGCAUAUUUUUAGCGUUAAGUUAUGGUUCAUUAUGUUAGAGCAAUUUUUAAUGAAAUACGUUUGGAGCGGAGCUGGAUUAGUCGCCGUCUCAUUACCCAUUUUAUUAGCCAAAGCGGGAAAUGAACCAAGAGUAUCAAACCAACCGAGUUCUGACCCAAUUUCAGAAAGAACCCAAUACUUCACCACGGCGAAAAAUUUAUUAAUGACCGGAGGAGACGCAGUUGAACGUUUAAUGUCGAGUUACAAAGAAAUCGUUGAAUUAGCCGGCCACACCGAGCGUGUAGCAAACUUAUUCAAAGUCUUAGAAGAAGUCGGACGUGGGGAAUACCAAAAAACGGUAGUACAAAAAAAAAGCGACGAAAAAAACACCGGAUUUCAAGUCGAAUUUAACGGCGAUCAACCCGUACCGAAAGGAAAAUUAAUUUACAGCACCAAUUAUGAGAUUAUUUUAAAAAAUGUACCAAUUGUGACGCCGAAUUGCGAUGUAGUUUGCCCCUCGUUAACUUUAGAUAUUUACCCAGGGCAACAUUUAUUAAUAACCGGCCCAAACGGUUGUGGAAAAUCGAGUCUUUUUAGAAUCUUAAGCGGGUUAUGGCCCGUUUAUGGGGGGGAAUUAAAAACCCCCAAAAACGCUUUGUUUUAUAUCCCACAAAGGCCUUACAUGGUUAUUGGAAACUUAAGGGAUCAAAUUAUUUAUCCCGAUACUCAAGCCGAUAUGAUUAAUAAGCAAAUUAACGAAGACGAUUUAAUGAAAAUCAUGAAAAUGGUUCAUUUAGACCACAUCGUUGAAAGGGACGGGUUCCAAAUUGUUAAAGAUUGGCAAGAUAUUUUAUCUGGAGGUGAAAAGCAACGGAUGGCUAUGGCACGAUUAUUUUAUCAUAAACCUAAAUACGCACUUUUGGAUGAAUGCACAUCAGCUGUUUCGAUUGACGUUGAAAGUUCAAUGUAUCAAGACGCUAUCGAUAUGGGGAUCACGCUUUUAACAAUUUCUCAUCGACCAACUUUAUGGAAGUUCCAUAAGAAUAUCCUCCAAUUCGAUGGUCAAGGAAACUGGGAAUUUUCCACUUUGGACGUUGCGAAUCGUUUAAAACUGAAACAAGAAAAAGAGGAGUUAUUAAAGCAACCGGAUAGCGCGCAAAAAACGCGCCGUUUAGAAGAGUUAAAUCAGUUAUUAGCUGAGGAUUCCAACGAAAUGGGCGAAGAAAACGAAACUGAACUAGAUGAUUAAUUUAAUUAAUUAAUACGAAAUGAGAUUGAUAUAUCCGUCUGUGAGAUUUAUACUUAAAAUGAUUAAGAAGUUA